AUGCUAGAGGACGAACAUGGAUUCGGCUUCAUCCGACACAACCGCCGCCCACCAAAGCCCAGAAAGGUCGGCGUUACAGAGAUCCGGGGUCCAUAUUACUCAGUCAUGGGGAAGCGGUACCUGCAGGAUGUGCUGGAGACCAUGGGCCAUCACGUUGACGGUCUCAAGUUUGCCGGCGGCUCCUUUUCCCUCUUCCCCGAAGACAAGCUGCGAGAGCUGAUCGACCUGGCACACGAGUAUGGUGUGUAUGUGUCAACGGGCGGCUGGAUCGAACACGUCCUGACCCAAUCCGACGCCUCCACGGCCGUAACUCGCUACCUGAAGAAGUGCAAAUCGCUUGGCUUCGACGUCAUCGAAAUAUCCUCAGGCUUCCUCUCCCUACCCCCCGACGACUGGGUCCGUCUCCUCAACAAGGUACAGUCUGAAGGGCUCAAAGCCAAGCCGGAGAUCGGCAUCCAGUUUGGCGCCGGCGGUGAUACGGAGGCCGGAGAGCUGGAGGCUCUUGGGGGCGGGACCUCGGACCCGUCCAAGGUUGUGAACUUGGGGAAGCGGUUCAUUGAGGAGUGUGGUGUGGAACGGAUCAUGAUUGAGAGUGAGGGAAUUACGGAGAAUGUUAAAGCCUGGAGGACGGAUGUCAUUCAGGCGAUUUUGAAGGGGUUGCCGGCGGAGAAGGUCAUGUUUGAGGCGGCGGAUCCGAAGGUGUUUAACUGGUAUAUCAGGGAGUUUGGCGUGGAUGUGAAUUUGUUUGUGGAUCACUCACAGAUUGUGCAGUUGAGUUGUUUGAGGGAGGGGAUUUGGGGCAUGUCGGAUACCUUUGGGAAGGUGGUCAGCUUUCGGUAG